AUGGCAGUAUCGGGAAUCGAUAAGAGCCCACAACAUUCACUUCAGACCGAUAAAGAUGCGCUGCUGGAGUUCAAGAAAAGCAUAAAGGUCGACCCAAAAUUGGUGCUUUCGAACUGGAACGAGACCACGGAAGUUUGCAGGUUCAAUGGGAUCGUUUGCAAGAAUGGGAACCGUGUUGGCAGAAUCGCGCUCGUCGGGGCUGGGCUUGUGGGACCAUUUUCACCCGUGAUAGGAAACCUCACGGCCCUUAGAACGAUAAAUCUUUCGGAUAAUAGUUUAUACGGAAACAUCCCAUUUGGGAUUUCGUCUUUACGGCAUCUUAGAAACCUUUAUCUAGACAACAAUAGCCUGCAAGGUCCGAUUCCCGGAUCUUUAUCUUCGUUAUCAAAUCUUACUCUUCUUGCUCUUGGCAACAAUGGUCUCCAUGGCGAGAUCCCGCCUUCGUUGUUCUCAAACUGCAGUUUGUUGUCGAAUUUGGACCUUUCGUUCAAUCUCUUCAGCGGGAAAAUCCCACCAGAAAUCGGAAAUUGUCCGAAACUUUGGAAUCUGAAUUUGUAUAACAAUCAGUUCACCGGAGAAAUCCCGUUGUCGUUGGCAAACGCUUCAGAAAUGUACAAUCUUGACGUAGAAAGCAACAAUCUUUCUGGCGAACUGCCAUCAAAACUAGUUUCCAAGCUCACCCAACUUCUGAAUCUUCAUUUAUCAUAUAACCAAAUGGUUAGCCAUGAUCGAAACAGCAAUCUUGACAUCUUUUUUACCGCACUUUCAAACUGCAGUAUGCUCCGGGAGCUCGAGUUAGCCGGCAUGGGACUAGGUGGAACGCUACCCGAUUCCAUCAGAAAACUAGGUGUCAAUUUCAGUUACAUGCUGCUACAAGAAAACAAGAUCUAUGGUUCAGUUCCAUCCGUUAUCGCUAAUCUUUCGAGCCUAAUAUAUCUGAAUUUGACCAUGAAUCAUCUCAACGGAACAAUCUCGCCAGAAAUCAGUCGAUUACCGAGACUAGAUAAACUCUGGUUAUCCUAUAAUGUUUUCACAGGCGAAAUCCCAGAAGAAAUCGGACAGUUUCGUCAUCUGGGCGAACUCGAAUUGUCACAUAACAGAUUCACAGGUAAAAUCCCAGAAAGUUUAGGGAAUUUGGUUAGUCUAAUUUCCCUCUCCCUCAAUAACAACCAACUUUCAGGAAAAAUACCUUCUACUUUAGGAAAUUGCAUAAUUCUAUCGAGUCUAGAUCUUUCUUACAACAGAUUAACCGGAAACAUACCUUCGGAGUUAUCAUCAGCCAUGCGUCGUAAUGCAAUUUUCUUGAAUCUUUCUCAUAAUCGUCUCGAAGGACUGCUACCUUCUGACCUCAGCAAGCUAGAAACCAUCAAAGAGAUCAAUCUUUCGUUCAAUAAGCUCACUGGAACCAUCUUUCCUAAAAUUUCGAGUUAUAUGGCCUUAGAGACGUUAGAUUUGUCGUGCAACUCAUUUCAAGGUCAACUUCCGGAGUUCUUGACCAAGCUUACGAGUCUUGAAGUGUUUGACGUAUCUAACAACAGUCUAUCGGGAAAGAUCCCAACGGGUUUAAGCAAAAUCGAUAGCCUUAAAUUCUUGAAUCUUUCGUUCAAUGACUUCAACGGCAGAGUUCCUGAGGGUGGCAUUUUCGAUUCCAUCACUAAUCUUUCAUUUCUAGGAAACCGACAUCUUUGUGGGCAUGUUUCUGGCCUCCCAUUUUGUUCCCACAAGAAGAAAUACUUCCAUUCCCCCGUUUUUCUGGUCAUUUUCUACGUCGGCAUUUUGGUAUUCGUUUUGGUGACGGCAAUCUGCUGUGUGAUCGGAUGGCGGUAUCUGAAACGAAUCGUAAGUUCUAAGGCUCGGCCAGAAACGGAAUCUCAACCAGAACUGACACAUAACUUCCCACGAAUCACGUAUAAAGAGCUCGCGGAAGCUACAGGCGGAUUCAGUGAUAAUAGAUUGCUCGGUUCGGGAGGCUACGGACGAGUAUUCAAAGGAUCACUUCCAGAUGGAACGCAAAUAGCAGUCAAAGUGCUUCAGUUACAAACAGGGAAUUCAACCAAAAGUUUCAAUAGAGAAUGCCAAGUUCUAAAAAGGAUUCGUCAUAGGAAUCUGAUAAGAAUCAUAACAGCUUGUAGUUUACCUGACUUCAAAGCUCUAGUUCUUCCAUUCAUGGCGAAUGGAAGCUUGGAUAACCGUUUAUAUCCAGAUUCAGAUUCAUCGGAUCUGAACCUGAUUCAACGAGUGAACAUUUGCAGUGAUAUUGCUGAAGGAAUGGCUUACCUCCAUCAUCAUUCCCCAAUUAAAGUCAUACAUUGUGAUCUGAAACCUAGCAAUGUUCUUCUCAACGACGACAUGACAGCUUUGGUCUCCGAUUUUGGGAUCGCGAAAUUAGUGAUGACGAUCGGAUCUGGAUCUGAGAAUUUGGGGAAUUCGACAGCAAAUAUCCUUUGUGGAUCCAUCGGUUACAUUCCACCAGGAGACAUGUUUUCUGAAGGAAUUAGCCUGCACAAUUGGGUGAAACGCCAUUAUCAUAGACGAAUGGAAGAUGUGGUGGAUUCAUCGCUGGUGCGAACGACCAGAGAUCAAUCGAACGAUGUGAAGAAAAUGUGGGAAGUGGCGAUUGGAGAGUUGCUGGAGAUGGGGAUUCUGUGCACACAAGAGUCUCCGGCGAGUAGACCGACGAUGAUGGAUGCCGCCGGCGAUUUAGAUCGACUGAAAAGGUACCUGGGUGGCGAUACCACGGCGACAUUCGCUUCGUCUCUUGGGAUAUCGUCUUCGACCAUAAGUGAUGAUUAGCAAGCACAGCCAUGGUUUUC